AUGGCCGAUGACGAACAAGCUGCGCAACCAGUGACUAUUAGCACACCGUCGGUUUCUAUACAACCUCUACCUGAAUUUAACCCUGAUGCAGAAGUCGGAGCGAGUUUAGCCACUCGUUGGACGAAUUGGCUCGAUGAUUUUGAAAUGUUUAUACUUGCCAGUGGAAUCACAGAUGAGAAACGCAAACGUGCCUUACUUCUCUAUCAAGCGGGACAACGCGUCAGAAAUUUUUCGCCAAUUAUCGAAUACGGGAACAGCAGCGGACUAUAAAACUGCUACAGACAAGCUCACGGAGUAUUUCGAACCUCAAAAGAAUCAUCGUUACGAAGUAUACCGGUUCAGACAAGCUACUCAAGAAGCACACAAAACGUUAGAUCAGUUUCAUACGCGUUUACGUACGCUCGCCCAAACGUGUUUCUUUCACAGACACAGAUUUCAAAAUCGAGCAACAAAUUGUUACGGCUGGCUCAUCAUCUAGAAUUCGAAAGAAAGCUCUACGCAAUCCUACGUACGACCUGAAAGCUAUUCUCAUUGAUGGUAGAUGUGAUGAGCAAAGUGCUUAUUAA